UAGGCUGAUAAUAAUAAUAUCUCGUUAGAGUUUAAGUGUUCCGACUGUGAAUAAUAUGUACAUACGCUAGGUAUUAAUUUUUCAUUAUUGGAAAAUGACUUUAAAAAGCGAUGAUAAUUUUAUGAAACUAUUUAAAUAUUACAAGAGAAAUGAACCAAUGCCAUCCUUUGAGAAUAUGAUUUCAUUAGAGAACAACAUUGCUAUGAAAGAUCUAAUUGAAAUAUCCAUAAGGAAGACCAUAGAUGACCGUACAAAAUCAUUGGGGUUACAUAAUCUAUCAUCAUGGAAAAUAGUAUUAUUAAAACAGCAUCCUGGUUUCCUUAUAGUAAGAAAUCCAUUCAAUUGUUUGGGUCAAAGAUACUGGAUAAGAAAAUGUUUAGAGGAAUAUUCAAAGAAAAGUAAUAAAAGAAAUAUUGAUAUAGAGCUGCCUGAUUGUGAAUGGUGGGAGGAAAGUUUUAAUAAUGGAUGUAACAGACAAUUACAGAAGAAGUUAAGGUGGAGUACACUUGGAUAUCACCACAAUUGGGACACAAAAGUGUACAAUGAAAGUGAAAGAGGUACAUUUCCAGCAGAUUUAGCUGAGCUUUGUGACGUUGUGGCGAAUUGUUUAGGCUUCAGUACAUUCAAAGCUGAAGCAGCCAUUGUGAAUUAUUAUCAUAUGAACUCAACUCUGUCAGCCCAUACCGACCAUUCUGAAGUUAAUCUACAGGCUCCGUUGCUCUCCUUCAGUUUUGGUCAAUCAGCAAUAUUCCUAAUUGGGGGGCGUGACAAAUCAGUCGUGCCAUCUGCAGUACGAUUGAAUAGUGGAGACAUUGCAAUUAUGUCUGAAGAAGCAAGGCUCUGUUAUCACGCUGUCCCCAGGAUAUUGCCUUCAGUUACCCAACCAUGGAAUGACAUAACGGAUAUGAUACCGAUAGAAGAAACUAAUGUUGAUUUCAAGUACGGCUACAAGAAUAUUGUACAGUUGAUGAAUAGGAAUAUAGAUGAAAAGGAGUGGAGUCCGUUUAAUAGUUAUGUUGGACAGUCAAGAAUAAAUGUUAAUGUGCGACAGGUUCUAAAAGAAAAUCAAACAGAUUUGAGGGAUUGUUUACAGUAAAGUUUAAUGCAAUAUAUUUAUUGUUCAUAUGUAUUUGAAUAUAUAUAGUUGUUUCAAUUAAUAAAAAUCAUUUUAUAAA